AUGGAGCGAGCAACUAGGCUGGAAGAUCGAGAAGCGUGGAAACAAGGAGAAGAACUCGAAGAGAUUUCAUUUAUUUUUAAGACGUACAAGAUACGAUUCUUUGGAUUAACAAUGAUCGCCCUAGCCAACAUUGCCUCGUCUUUAAAUUGGCUUGCAGUUGCUCCCGUACCAGAUUACUCUAAUGCUUACUUUAACAACGCUGGAUUAACGGCCAUCAAUUGGUUUUCAAAUAUCUUUAUGCUUACUUAUAUUGUGGCUGGACCAAUCUCGAGCUGGGCCUAUGAUCAUUGGAGUAUCAAGACAGGCAUUAUCAUUGGUUGCGUUCUUCAAGUUAUUGGCGCUUGGGUUCGAUAUUUCUCAAACUUUGUACAUGAUUCCACUGGGAAACUCGCACUAGCCAUGAUUGGACAAGUGAUCUGUGCCUUCGGUCAACCCUUCAUUCUGAACGUUUGUACACCUUACGCCGCUCUUUGGUUUAGUGCUAAAAGUAGAGGAACAGCUACUAUGGUUGGCGGUAUAGCCAAUGCUAUUGGUAUGGCCAUAGCUGAUGUUAUCAUUCCUGCUAUCGUUACUGAUGCUGAUCAACAGUUUUUAAUUAUAGCAUGUAUCACAACUGGUUUUAUGAUUCCUGUGUUCUUUAUUCCUAAAAAACCCAAGACACCUCCUUCCUACAGCGCAUCUUCCAAAAACAAGUUUGCUCUUACCUUUUGGCAGUCGAUCUAUGAACUUAUUACAAACUACAACUUUGUCAUCGUUUUUAUCGCAUUCGGUGUGCUUUGCGGCAUGGCGUCAACAUUUACCUCUAUCUUGACCCAGAUUGUCGCACCUUAUAAAAUUUCUGUGGACAAUGCAGGUUAUCUUGGAGCUGCUUUCAUCGUAGCUGGUCUUGUAGGUGCAGCUCUCACGGGUAUAUUCAUUGAUAAAACUGGACAGCACAAGAUUGUCAUCAAGAUUUAUGUGCCUAUCAUUGGUGCACUAUAUCUUGCAUUUUACUUUAUUGUUCAAAAGGGUGACUUUGGCGCACUCGUGGCCAUUUGCGUUCUCAUGGGCUUCUUUACUUUCUCCCUCUUACCUGUAGCACUGGAACUUAGUGUUGAGUCAUCAUACCCUAUCAGUGAAUCGAUUUCCAGCUCAAUGUUAUGGAUGUGCUCUCAAGUUUUGGGUCUUGUCUUUUUGGCUGUCAUUGAUGCUCUACGUAAUCCUGAUGGAACUUACACAAGAGGGCUUAUCUUUGUUGUAUGCGUCAUAUUCCCUGUUUCCAUCCUUACUACCAUUUAUAAUAGUCCCAACAAACGACUGGAGUUUGAAGAACGUAACGCUGGAAAACAGUAA